CGUGGUCGCUCGGUAAUCAGAAGAGAAAAGUGCUUAAGUCAGGUAAAACGUGGUCUGCGCGCGCGGAAUAACGGAUUUAGUGGGUUUGUAAAUAAACCCCCCGGGUCCGCGGAAUCGAUUACUACCGCACCACAGUGGUAGUAGUAGCAGGCGCUGCUGGGAGUAGUAGUUGUGUGUGCGUUUUAGUGACAGCAGCAGUCUGUUCGGUCUUUUCGCGUGACAAAAAUGGCUGCGGCAAGUGAGACCGUCCUGCAGGCGCUGGUUUUCGACUACCUUUCCCGGAAGGACAAAACGUUCGCCGAGGUCUACCAGAAGAAAUUCAAAUCGCCGGUCAUCGCCAAGGGUUCUCCCCGGUUGGAGGAAGUGGUGAAGCAGUACCAGGGUUCGGCCCCAAAGAAGAUUGCCGUGUUGAAAUCUUCCGCCGAAUCCGGCUCGGAGGAUUCGUCCGACGAGGAUGAACCGCCGGCAAAGAUGGCCAAGGUGGUGGCCAACGGCAAGCCAGUGACCAACGGAAAGCCAGCGACCAACGGAAAGGCCCCGGCGGUUAACGGAAACGGUGCCAAGAAGGGCGCUGCUGCCUCCAGCAGUUCGGACGACAGCUCCGAAGAGGAGGAAGCCCCCAAGAAGGCGGCCCCAGUGAAGGCCACUCCGGUCAAGACCCCGGCUAAGGCUGCUCCGGCCAAGAAGGCUGCCUCGAGCAGCGACGAUUCGGAUUCCUCGGAAGAAGAGGAAGCCCCCAAGACUCCGGCUAAGGCACCAGCCAAGACCCCCGCAAAGGCCACGCCUGCGGCAAAACCCGCACCGGCCAAGAAGCAGGAAUCGUCCAGCGAUGACAGCUCGUCCGAAGAGGAGGCCCCGAAAACUCCGGCCAAACCGGCCGUCGCUAAAGUCGCAGCCAAGGCCACUCCCGUAGCCAAGAAGGCUGAGUCGAGUAGCGAUAGCGAUUCCUCGGAAGACGAAGCUCCGGCCAAGGCUCCCGCAAAGACCCCGGUAAAGCAAACUCCGGCGAAGGCGACCCCAGCCAAGCCGGCCGCAGCGAAGAAGGCCGAAUCCAGCGACAGCGAGUCCGACUCGGACGAUUCCGAAGACGAGGCCCCGGCUGCCAAGAAGCCCGCUGCCCCAGCCAAGGCCACCCCGGCCAAGACCCCCGCAAAGGCUGUGCCGGCCAAGAAGGCCGAGUCCAGCAGCGACAGCGAUUCCUCGGAAGAAGAGGAAGCCGCCCCCGCGAAGGCACCGGUCAAGACCCCGGCCAAGGCCACGCCCAAGGCUGCCCCCAAGAAGGCCGCCUCGUCCUCCGAGGACAGCUCCGACGACGAAGAGGAGUCCAAGCAGGCCGCCGUGAAGAAGCCCGCGCCGCCGGCCAAGAAGGCGGCCGAGUCCAGUGACGAUUCCAGCUCCGACGAGGACGAAGCUCCGGCCGUCAAACCGCUGGUGAAGAAGCCAGCUGCUGCCGCGGCCAAGAAGAAGGACGAAUCCAGCGGGGACUCGAGCUCGGAAGAGGAGGACGAAGCUCCGGCGAAGAAGCCGGCUGCGGCCAAGCCCGGACAGAAGCGCAAGGCCGAGGAGGAAAAGGAAGAAGAGGACGACGAUGAGGAGGAGGAAGAGGAGGAGUCCAAGCCGCCGGCCAAGAAGGCCGCCUACAGCAACUUCGUCAAGGCGGGCGAAGGCAACAACAACAAGAACAACAGCAAGAUGCAAAACGGCAAGGGUGGCGAGCGCAAAUCGUUCGGAGGAUUCAACAACAAGGACGCCGGCCCCGCCUGGGAGUGCGAAAAGUGCAACACGUUCAACGACGCCAACAUGCGCAGCUGCAAGGAGUGCAAGGCGUGGAACAACAACGCGGACGACUCGAACGACUGGGAGUGCUCGUGCGGCUUUAAGAACUUCCCGAACCGGCGCCAGUGCUUCAAGUGCAAAUCGCCGAAUCCGGCCGGAGGCGGCGGUGGCGGUGGAAACUUUGCCGGCGGUCGCAAGAGCUUCGGAGGCGGGGCCAACAACGGCAACGAUGACCAGUGGGAGUGCGCAUGUGGGUUCAAGAACUUCCCCAGCAGAAAUCAGUGCUUCAAGUGCAAGGCUGCGAAUCCCAGCGGAGGAGGCGGUGGUGGUGGCGGUGCCCGCAAGAGCUUCGGAGACCAGAACGGCGGAGGCCGUCAGUUCCCCCCGGAUUGGGACUGCCCCAGCUGUGGAGUGUCCAACUUUGCCAAGCGUGGCACCUGCUUCAAGUGCUCGGCGGCCAACCCGGACGGAACCAUGGGCGAUAACUGGGAGUGCGCCGACUGCAAGUUCUCCAACUUCCCGAAUAGACGGUCCUGCUUCAAGUGCCAGAAGCCAAACCCUAACGGAGGAGGUGGUGGCGGCGGCGGUGGUGGAUUCCAGCGUGGAGGAGGCGGUGGCAAGUUUGGUGGCGGAAGUGGAGGCAAAUUUGGCGGUGGAAGCGGUGGCAAGUUUGGACAGAAGGGAGGAUUCGGAGGAGGACGCGGCGGCGGUGACGGCGGUGAAUCCAAGGCGAAUAAGAAAAUCACCUUCGAUGAGUAGGGUGCGGACGCGUGGUUUCGUGUAGGGUUUACUUUCGUUUAAGUAAUAAAGAACGCAUUUAGCUCGUUGCACCUCGACGUCGUCGUUUAACUUGGUCAUUUUCUCUGUGGCGCUGGAGCAGCAUUGGAAGAGGAGAAGCUCACCGUUAGUCGAUACGUUUUAAUCCAUUUAUUCACAGUGAUGAUGUGGUCGAUUCACUCUAAAUGUACAAGUUACAUUGUAUAAGAUUGUGUUUACAAUAAAGCAAAUAUAUAUCGUACACUUAACAACACAAAAA